UCGUCGUCCUACCCGUUGUCAUUCUCGUGCCACCUGUCAGUUUACUCUUUGCUGAGCGUGCCAUCGUCGUUCUACCUGUCGGCUCACCCGUUCUAUUCUUCGUUCCACCUGCUGGUCUUUGCUGAGCGAACUAUGGAUGCCCUUCCUGAAGCUGUGGCGGCGCUGCUAAAUGCCGAGCAGGAGUUGGAGCAGUGCCACCAAGAAAUGGUGCAACUUCAGGCAUUGGUGGUGCAAUCCAUGCAGCAACGGGAUAGGUUGUACAUCCCAACAUCUGAACUAUGGGACAGGAUGGCACAGGAUGGAGAUUUAACGCUGUUGGAUGCGUGGGAUGAGGAAUUCUCAAUGUUCACGCAUUUUGCGUUGCAAACGAAUUACUUGAAGGAUGCCCUCCGUGGACUGAUGGUGAGGUCUAGGGACCUCCUCCGCGUUGUCCAUGAGUCAUCGCGGAGUGUCAUGAUAGCAGAUGACACCAUCUUACUACCAUCUCCCGGAAAUCUCCACAAUCGCAGAGAGUGGAAUCUUCGGGAAUUUGAGGAAUGGUGGGACGACUACCUGUCGGGCCUGGUAAUUGAAUCGAACGAUCAAAUCUCUCGUUAUUAAUGUUUUUGUAAAUAAAAUUAGUGUAAGUGUGAAUAAAUAAAGGUUAUUUUAAUAAAA